GCCAGCUCCGCCGACUGUUCAGGCAUCUAACCUAAAACACCUCUGUCCAACGCCAGGCUGUUCUUCAUCAUCCUCUCGUCUAAAACAGAACGAGAAUCGGAGAAAGUUAUCGCCAAAGUUGUUUUCAGGUCACGAAAAGCAUGGCAGCCAACACCAAGUACCAGCCCGCUCCUCAGGACGAGCCCGAGGACUACACCCAAGCUCCUCCCUCGUACGGCUCGUCUUCUCGCCCCAACGAAGCUGAGGGCCUCUUUGCCGCUCCCCGUAGCAGCGAAGACAACCUUCCCGAUGAUUUCAAGUUUGGAGGUUCCGUCGCCGAGGCCACCAUCGAGAUCCGCCACCAGUUCAUCCGAAAGGUCUACACCAUCCUCUCUGUUCAGCUCCUAGCAACUGCUGGCGUCAGCUUCCUCACCUUUACUAUCCCUGCCUACAGAGAUUGGAUUCAGAGCCACCCUGGCGUCGUCUGGGCCUCACUGUUCGGUUCUCUCGUCUUCCUUGGCCUCACCUACUGGAAGCGCAAGUCGUACCCUACCAACCUGCUCUUCUUGUCUCUAUUCACCCUCGCCGAAGCUUACACCAUUUCCGUCAUCGUAUCGUUCUAUGACGCAAGCAUCGUCCUCUACGCUGCUGUCCUGACUGGUGGCAUCUUUGUCUUCCUUAGUCUCUUCGCUUGCCAAACCAAGUACGACUUCACCUCUUGGGCUCCCUACUUGUUUGGUGCUCUCUGGGGACUUGUCAUGUUCAGCUUCAUUUUCAUGUUCAUGCCCCCUGGUGAUACCGGCAACCUCAUCUAUGGAGCUAUUUCUGCCGUUAUUUUCAGCGCUUACAUCCUCGUCGAUACGCAGAUGGUUAUGCGCAAGCACCAUGUUGAAGAAGAGAUUGCUGCUGCCAUCAGCUUGUACUUGGACAUCAUCAACCUCUUCCUGGCCAUCCUGCGCAUCCUCAACUCCCAGUCUGACUAAACGGGGCCUGUCCUGUCUGUCUUGAUUGCUGAACUCGGAUAUAAUUGUUCAUGAUUACUUGUUAAUGGCGUCUCGCUCUUGUCUGGAAAGCGUUCACUUUGAGCAACAGUUUGUUGCACUAGUCUCCCAUCUUUAUACUAUAGCACUCUAAUGAUACGUGAUUUUUAUACAUUCGAUGCUUGCAUUAAAAGUCCACUAAAAACUAAGAAAGGGAAAAUUAUAUUCAGACCAUGCCUAACCCGCUGGCUAACACCGGACCGGCCAGAGUUGUGCAUGCAAGACAACACUGUCGGACCAGCGCUCAGUUUCUGGUUGGCAACUUCCUUCGAAAAAAACAAGUGCUCUUCCUUCAUAUAUAAAAGGCAGAGCCUAAACAAGGCUUUGUCGUGGAGGGUUAACAGUUCCACCGUCGUUUCGGUCAUAGACAUUUUUUGGAGGAUUCAAUCAUGUCAGGUUAAGUGAAGGGGAGACAGCCAUUCGCCAUGUUGUAGCAGUGUUGUAUGCUCUGAUCCUUUCGUUUUGUUUUUCGAACGCACAGCAGGGGAUAACACCAACGCCACGAUCGCAAAUAGACCAACGUCACACUUUUUGAGAUGCUGCAAAAUAACAAGGUUUGCGAAGAGCAAUCGCUUACUCUUCGUCUUUGCCGUUUGCCUCAGAGGGCAUAGGGCUUGAUUGAGCAGCAGCCUCACGUUGCAUACGGGCUUCAAUCUCGCGGAGCUGAGACUCACGAGCCAAAAGCUCCUGGCGCUUCUCGUUAAUUUCACGUUGAACCUUGAGCUCUAUCUCGCGGAGCUUCUCCUCUUCACGGCGAAGCUGCUCCUCCUUGAGGCGAACGGACUGAGAGGCCAGCUCCUCGGGGUUCAUCGAGCUAUCAACACUAGAAAGCAAUGUUAGUUAAAU